AUGUACUCGCCAUCCUUUCCUUCGCGGUCUGCCACCACAGCACUGUCGCAGCACCCUCGCGAGAACUUAAGCGGCAAAACUCCACAAAAAGAACUUUUCCCACAUCUUCAGCUUCCACCUACACUUCUGCUACUGUUGGUUGAGCGUUGCCACCACAGAAAUAGCCCACUUGGUCGUCUACCUCCGCAGCGUUUUGUUACACUCGAGGCGACCACAGCAAGACCCGACAUUCAACCCAGCAGCGCCGUCGUAACCGUGCGCAAACGGGUGGUUCCUGUCCCGGUCUUCCUCGUUGAGCGCGUCCGCGCCGACGCCCGAGAGCGUCGGGAGCAACUCCGCGAGGCGCAGAAGCUGCAAGCGGAGCAGGAGCACCUCAUGCGGCUGCAGCGCCGGGCUUUGGAUCGCGAGGCGCAGAAGCAGCUUCUAGAAGCGGAGCGCUUUGAGAAGUGGAGGGAGAAGCUCGAGCACCGGGACAUGGCCAGGGCCAAGCUCUGGGAGAAAUACCCCAAGGUGGCCGAGUCUACAAGGUCCCCUCGCUCCUCGUUGGUCUCCGUGUCGCCAAGCCCCUCCGCACGCUCGCACAGCCCGCGGUCCCACCUCAAGGUGCCAUUCAGCCCUGGCCUUUCGCCAUCCUCCUCAGCGGCAGCGCUCCUCUCGCCGCGGCAGCGGCUCAAGAGCUGGGACAUGAACAUCGCCACCUACACUCGCGAGGAGGUGCACGAGCUCGAAAAAGAGCGGCGCGCCGACUUGGCCGACAAGGAAGUGCGAGUUCUUCGGGAUCGGGAGACGCGAUCUAAGGAGCGCAGUCGUCAGGAGGUGAGCUACGAGAAGUUGCACCUUCGGCGCACGGCGGAGCUCGAGGAAAUCCGCCUGGCUCGCGAGGCAAAGAAGCAGCAGGAGAUCCAGAAGCGGAAGCGGGAUCGGGAGCAGAAGCAGGAGGUCAGGGCCAUGCACAGGGCCGGCGAAGUGGGAAGCAAGGAGUAUGAGGAGAGACUCAAAGAAGUGCAGGCCCACCGGCUGCGAGAGAAGAAGGUCUAUGAGAAGCAGCAAUGUGAAGAGGAGGCCGAGCGCAAGCGCAUGCUGCAAGCUGGCGAGAAGGAACUUCAGAUUCAGGAGGCCCGCUACCGCCAGGAGCGCGUGCGCGAGCUCCAGCGACAGAAGCUGGUCCUGGAGCAGGGCGUCAAAGAGCGCGAGGCCGAGGCUGUGCGCGACGCCCGCGAGUCGGCCAAAGAAGAGCUGCGCAGGAGGCGCAUCCUUGACCUGGAGCAGAAGCGAGCAAAGGUUCUCGCCGUCAAGGCCGACCAGGAGGACCGCAAGAAGCGGCGCGAAGAGGAGAAGUGCUACAUCUACACACCUGCCCCACGACUCAGCGACAAGGUGAAGGCUUUCAACCUCCCAGUCAUGACACGGGGUGCUCCACAGGUUGAGGGCUUCCUGGUAGCCCAGUGA